UCUCCAAACAACUACAAUACACUUGCAAAAGAAGUCCUCAAGAAGGAUAGAAAAAUGAUAAGUCUAGAUGAUUUCUACAAGGUCAUGUGUGCCAUGGUCCCUCUCUACUUCGCCAUGUUCAUCGCCUACGGAUCGGUAAAAUGGUGGAAGAUCUUCUCUCCGGAGCAAUGCUCUGGCAUCAAUCGGUUUGUAGCCGUCUUCGCUGUACCGGUUCUCUCCUUUCACUUCAUCUCUCAAAACAACCCAUACAAAAUGGAUGCUAAGUUCAUAUUAGCAGACACAGUCUCUAAGCUGCUGGUGCUACUACUCCUUUCCUUAUGGGCCACGUUUUCUAAUGGGGGAUUAGAUUGGCUAAUCACUAUUUUCUCAGUCGCAACGCUUCCAAACACGCUAGUCAUGGGUAUCCCUUUGCUAAAGGCCAUGUACGGCGAUUUUACGGAGAGUCUGAUGGUGCAACUUGUUGUUCUUCAGUGCAUUAUCUGGUAUACUCUUCUCCUCUUCCUCUUUGAAUACAGAGCUGCCAACCUUCUAAUCCGAGAACAGUUCCCAGGCACCGCAGCUGCCUCCAUUUCCAAAUUCGAAAUCGAUGGUGACGUAAUUUCGCUAGAUGGCCGGGACCCACUUCGCACCGAAUCCGAAGUCGAUGGCACAGGACGCAUCCGCGUCCGGAUCCGACGUUCCACAUCAUCGGCUCCUGACUCGGCCCUUUCAUCAUCCAUCGCCAUCACACCCCGCGCAUCCAAUCUAUCCGGCGCUGAGAUCUACUCGGUCAAGUCCCCAGCUCAGCAACCGGACUUUCCCAACGGCAUAGCUGACAUGGCAUUCACGAAUGCCGACGUGGCGUUUGGGUACAGGUCAGCAAGCCCCCGGCUGUCAGGCUACGCGUCGUCGGACGCGUACUCCCUCCAGCCCACGCCCCGGGCGUCGAAUUUCAACGAAUUGGACACGACGACAGCGACGACGACGAAUACGCCGAUCUGGGUCAGAUCACCGGCUGCAGGUAGGAUAUUCCGGCAGCAUUCUCCGGCAUUCUCCGGUGUGAAGAUGGUUUGGGAAUCGCCCAAGUGUCAGGAUGUUGGAGAGAGACAGGGCGGGAAGGAUGUUGGAGAUAAAGAAAUCAGCUUUAGGUGCAGCUCAAAAUUCCCACUUACAGAAGAAGAUGAAUCGAAGCAAAACCCAGUAACAACAAAUCAAAAAAUGCCACGUACUCUUGUCAUGCUGAGGCUGAUACUGACUAUGGUUGGAAGAAAGCUAUCCCGCAAUCCCAACACUUACUCUAGUGUUUUGGGCCUCAUCUGGUCUUUGAUUUCAUUCAGGUGGGGUAUUGGCAUGCCCAGCUUGGUGAAAUAUUCUAUAAAGAUAAUUUCAGAUGCUGGACUUGGAAUGGCCAUGUUCAGCUUGGGUUUAUUCAUGGCCCUGCAGCCUAGGAUCAUUGCCUGUGGCUCAAAAAUGGCAACCAUAGCGAUGGCGAUCCGUUUCUUUAGUGGGCCCACAAUAAUGUCCGCGGCGUCGGUUGCGGUCGGAUUAAGAGGGGUUCGGUUGCAUGCUGCCAUAGUUCAAGCAGCUCUACCUCAGGGGAUUGUACCGUUUGUCUUUGCCAGAGAAUAUGGCUUGCACCCUGACAUACUUAGUACAGGUGUCAUCUUCGGAAUGCUAGUUUCUUUGCCCGUAACUCUCCUCUACUACAUAUUCCUGGGCCUAUGAUAAGAAGGCAUUAUUAUUGAAUAAAGCAUGCGGGAGCAUCCGAGGUGUUUUGGUCUCCCUUCUAGCACCGGCCAGAUACACACCUAAUGCCAUGGUCCCACCUCAUCAUGCCCCAUAUAGCCGACAAUCCAAGUGUCCAAAUACAGAUAUCACCAUCAGCAUCCAUGUCAUUUUUUUGGAUUUUCCGAUUAGGACACCACCACAGCGCAUGCUACAUGUAGGACUCAUGCUCUGAUUGGUCGACACCCGAAAAUCAUGGGGUGGAUGGCACACUGACAUAGGUGGCAUCAAACUCAAUAGGGUAGUGGCCGGAUAAUUUUGGGCUGGCCAGAAUCUGACACACGCAUGCAUGGACUCUCGACAGUAGAGAAAUGCUGAUUCUCGUGGCCCCCAUCUUCAAACCAACCCGUGACACAUCGCAAUUCCGUGCAUGUACGUAGGAAUAUAGGAUGUUCAUAAGGUGGUCCCUUGUGUAUUUAUCAGGUGGGCCACACAUGAACAAUAAAAACAAUUGGUGGUUUAAAAAAUGUAGUGGACAAUCUGCAUUCGAUCAUUUGCAUGCAUGCGUCGCUUACAUGAUGAGUGGUCCACUCAAUGAACGUCCAGGAUCCUGCCAUGCUGGCAUGUGUGAUGAGUUUCUACUUGGCGCUUGAAGAUGGGGCACUAGUCUAGAAUUAGAAUUCCUAUCUUAGGGUGACUACUUUAGGACAUAGGAUAGUGGUAACCGAAAGGAAAAUGAAAUAUGAUGUCUUAUGAUUAGGGUAGAAGACUAUUUCUUGCUUGGAAUAGUGGGAAAAAGAUAAAGCUCUUUUGAUUGCCGAUGUGUUUGACUCCAUGGAAAAGUAGAAUUAUUUCAAAUCAGCUUUGCUUUGUAUUCUGAUCUUGAACAAAGGAUCAUACACUUGUUCUUGUUUCUUGCUUUUAAGGUAUUUUUAAUAUGAAAAGUUAGGGUUUUUCUUUGUAUGGGUGUCUUAUUUCAAGAAAGAGAAGCGCCUUUGAUUA